AUGGAUGCCGUGACGGCGAAUUUGGUCCAAUCUCCCUCGUUACUGCGUCGAACUUCCGAAAACGUCUCCCGCUCGAGUUUCCUGACGGCAAGCUGUCCUCCUGGGUUCAUGCGAUUCGGCUCCGGACCUCAAUUGCGUCUCAGACAUAACUCUUCUCUGCAAUUCACGAGACCAUUGCAAAUUAGCCGAACAACAUCUGCCAAAUCUCGGAGAAGCGUCGUGGUCAAAGCUUCAGCUUCUGGUGACGCUUCAACCGGUUCAAUCGCGCCGCUUCAGUUGAAAUCUCCGGUGGGGCAGUUUCUGUCACAGAUACUAGUGAGCCAUCCUCAUCUCGUGCCAGCAGCCGUCGAACAGCAGCUUGAGCAGCUCCAAACCGAUCGUGACGCUGAGGAACAGAUCAAAGAUGCAUCAUCCUCUGCUCCUGGAACAACAGACAUUGUUCUCUACAGGAGAAUAGCUGAGGUUAGGGAGAAAGAGAGACGAAGAGCUUUGGAGGAGAUUUUAUAUGCAUUAGUUGUUCAGAAGUUUAUGGACGCUAAUGUUUCACUUGUUCCAUCGAUUACCUCAUCAUCUGUGGAUCCUUCUGGUCGAGUUGAUACUUGGCCGACUCAAGAUGGAGAACUCGAGCAGCUUUACUCUCCCGAGGUUUACGAGAUGAUUCAGAAUCAUCUCUCCGUCAUUCUCAAAAACCGCGUUGGUGAUCUUUCAACCAUAGCGCAGAUAAGCAAGCUCGGGGUUGGACAGGUGUAUGCUGCUUCUGUCAUGUAUGGGUACUUCCUUAAGCGGAUCGACCAAAGGUUUCAGCUUGAGAAGACGAUGAGGAUUCUUCCAGGUGGGUCAGACGAAGGUGAGACUGGCAUUGAGCAAGCUGGCAGAGAAGCAGAGAGAAGCUUCUAUGAUGAAGAUGCGGAGGAGACUUAUCAAGCUGUGUCUUCAAACCAAGAUGUUGGUGGUUCGUUUAUGAUCAACGCCAGUGGCGGUUUUGGCAGCGAGACAAAGCAGUCUCGGUUGAAGACGUACGUUAUGUCCUUUGACGGUGAAACCCUUCAGAGAUACGCUACGAUAAGGUCAAGAGAAGCAGUUGGGAUCAUCGAGAAGCAUACAGAGGCGUUGUUUGGGAGGCCAGAGAUUGUGAUAACGCCACAGGGCACAAUUGAUUCGUCCAAGGACGAGCAUAUAAAGAUCAGCUUCAAGGGACUGAAGAGGCUUGUGUUGGAGGCUGUGACGUUUGGGUCGUUCCUUUGGGAUGUGGAGAGUCAUGUAGAUUCAAGUGAUGAUGUCUCAUUCACCAUCUAUUACGGUGGGAAGUUUACAAAUAUGUCGGAUGACACACUUGUUUACAAUGGUGGAUCUGGGCAUGAGCUCCUUACACAGCCAAGAUCAUUGUUUCAGGGAUUGCCGGUUAGUUUGUAUGGACAAAGAAUUUGGUACAAAUUACCAUUUGAAGAUUUGAAAGAGCUUAGGAUAUUGUGUGAGGGUACUGAGAAUUUCGAGAGGAUGUGUGAAGCAGCUAAGUGGACUAGGAUGAUUGAGAUUUAUAUGGAGAAAGAUGAAGAUUGUGAAGGGGAUCACGGUAAUGAGGAAGGAAGAAAUGACGAUCAAAAUAUGGAAAGAGGCGCUGAUCAGGUUGAGCAAAGAGGAAGAGAUGAUAAUAAUGAAGAUGGAAGAGAUAAUAAUACUGAUGAUGGAAGAGAUCAAGACAGAGAAGAUGGACGAGAGGUAUACGAGAUGUGUGAAGAAGAAGCUCAGGUUGAAGAAGUAGUGGCUAAGUUUUUUGAAGAGGAGGAGAAUGAUGACUACCAACGAACUCCUACUACAUCAGACAACGAAGGAAGAAAAAUCCAGAGGUGUCCUUAUGAUAGGUGGGUAAGAGGAAGUGGAGAACUCAAGAUUAAGCAAGUGUUUGAAAGCGUGAAAGAGUUUAGAGAAGCUGUGAUUGAGUACGCAUUGAAAGGAGGUUGGAAUAUACGGUUUAAUAGGUGGGGAGCUGUGAAGUCUGAGGCAUUGUGUGGUAUUGAGAAGUGCAGUUGGAGAGUCUACUGUUCUUAUGAGGAUUCAAUUGCUAUGUGGAUGAUAAAGACGUUUCAAGAGAACCAUACCUGUUUCAAAGAUGGUCGAUGCAAAAUCUUGUCACAACAAGUGAUAUGUGACAUGUUCAUCCAUGAACUGAGAAAUGAUCCUCUACUCAAACCAGUCAUUAUGCAGCAGAGAAUCCAUGACCGUUACGAUGUGGCUCCUUCACAUAAUCAAUGCCGUAAAGCGAAGAAAAAAGCAUUGGAGCUUAUUGAAGAAGAAUUCAAAGAACAAUAUUCAAGGAUGAAAGAUUACAGAGAUGAACUUAAAGCGAGAAACCCACACUCGACAGUGGAGGUUAGAACUGAGAUUAAUGCGGUUGGGGUAGAAGUUUUUGACAGUUUUUACAUGUGUUUUUCUGGGCUGCGUGAUACAUGGAAAGGCCAUUGCCGACCAAUCUUCGGAAUAGAUGGCUGUUUUCUCAAGUCCAAUUCCAAAGGACAGCUCUUGGCAGCCGUUGGGAGAGAUGCAAACAAUCAGAUCUACCCUUUCGCUUGGGCAGUUGUGCAAGUGGAGAACAGCGAGAGUUGGUUGUGGUUCAUUCGUCACUUGAAAAACGACUUAGGCCUUGGAAAUGGUGAAGGAUUCACUGUCAUUUCUGAUAGGCAAAAGGGACUACUCUUUGCUGUGAACCAAGAAUUACCAGAGAUUGAGCACCGUAUGUGUGCAAGACAUAUUUAUGGUAAUAUAAGGAAGGAUCAUCCUAGGAAGCCGCAGUUGAAGACCAAGUUUUGGCGUGUGGUUGAUAGUUUCAAUGAGGAAGAUUAUGAAAUAAAUCUGGCGCAACUGAAGAAAUAUGAUAGUGAUAUCUAUGAGGCCUUCAUGAGUAGAAAUCCAAGAAACUGUAGCCGGGCUUUCUUCAAGACCGAUUCAUGCUGUGAAGAUGCACUUAAUAACUUCUCAGAGAGUUACAACAAUACACUUGAAAAGGCGAGAGCAAUGCCAUUGAUUCAGAGUUUGGAAACCAUGAGGAGGCAAACUAUGAUGAGGAUAGCGAUGAGAAGGAAAAUGACGCAGAAGCAUAAGGCCACACACUCUCUAAAGGUUGCUCUAGUGAUCGCAGAAGAAGAAAAAGCGGUUAAACACUUGAGGACAAUCGCUUCACGCCCUGGUCUGUUUGAAGUUAUGGAUAACGGUCAAUCACACAAGGUUAAUAUGAAGGAGAAGACAUGCAGAUGUAGGAAAUGGGAUCUGACAGGGAUUCCAUGCCGUCACGCGUUACGCGUUGUGUUUGACAACCCGAAAACAUACAAGAAAGAGGACUUGGUUUCUGAUUGGUAUUUGACUACUAAGUGGCAGGAUCAAUAUAUCGAUUCUAUUGGACCGGUCAAUGGGAUGAAAUUUUGGAGAACAAGUGGAGAAACAACGCUUGAGGCACCAGAUACAGAGGUACAAAAGGGUCGGAAAAAAAAUCCACAGAAACGGAUCAAAGGUGUUAAUGAGUCACCAAAAAAGGGAAAAAAGGCCACAAACCAUGGUAGAGAUAUGCAUUGUUACCGCUGCGGUUUGGCUGACCACAACGCUUACAAGUGUCCUAAUUCGGGUGUACCAUUUAAACCUAGGCCGCCAAAAAAAUCCAAAUUGGCUGAUGGUAUGGAAGAUCCAAGACCUGUUGGAAAGAAAGGGCGUAAACCCAAGAAGAAGAAGACAGUAACCGAGGUGGUUGAGUCUCAAGAUCUUGCAGGUCCUAGUCAGCCAACUCAGACUUCUACUCCUGAAUUUGGAGAAUGGGACAGGUGGACAUGA